GGUGUGUUAGGGGGUCCUUCUCCCAUCGCCAUCAUGUAGUUUUGGGGGCUGGGAGAGGAGGCUUAUCUGCAACAGGGCAGUUGAAGGUCAGACAGCGUGAAGGACUUUUCAGCUUUCUGUAUCCCUGAGGCAGAAGACAAGUGUGUCUGGAGAGAAGCAGGGGGUCUGCCCUCCAGUUACAGCCCAAGAUUAGACGGGAGAGGUGGGAUGAUUAAUUGGGGCUUUGGGGGAUUGUGACUAGUAUGAUUACAGUGUCAGGGACAGAAGCUAAGUCACCCUGAGAUGUCAGGAUGCUGCCGGGAGGGAAUAAGGCCUUUUUCCUGGGGUCUGAGAGACCAGGGUGAACAGGGGUGGUGGGGAGCUUCUCUGCCUCCCUGGAAAUCACAGAGGAAGUUAUCAGCACUGCGCUGCCUUUGAAGAUAAGUAUAACCUCUCUGGUCUGCAAUGCUCCUGGUAGCAGGAGGCAGAGAAACUUGGGUCCUGUUGAAAGAGUCAAAGGUAGUUGAAUCUAUCUUCCCACCAAGAAGACUGAGGCCUGGCUCCGGGCAGGGCAUCGGACCCUAUAGGCAGGAAGUGGUUUUCCUGUCCAGCCUCCUCCCUUGAACUGGAGGCUUUCCCAGAAAGAGUGAAGCUGAGCCUCCUCCCUCAGGCUGGGACAUCUGUGGAUGAGGACCGGGCUGAGAAUGUCAGUCAUUCUGGUUACCUCCCUCCCCCCCUUCUACCCUUCUGGCACCACUUCACAGAGGGGGUUCUCCAGACCGAAGGGCAACCCUGGAAGCCAGCACCCCUUUGUAGUGAGCACAGGUGAUGGUUGAAGGGCACUGACUUUGGGGUCAAAUGCCCAGGUUCAAAUUCCCACUUUUCCUCUCACUAGCUGUGUGACCUUGGGCAGGUUCCUCAACCUUUCUGGUCCUGUAAAACCAAGAUGGUAAUAGUACUGAGAGUUUCUGUGAGGAAUAAAUAAGCUAGUGAUCUGCAGCUUUUUGAACAGCAUCACAUGUUCUUUCUCUCUACCCACCUCUGUCCCUCAGGGAUUCAAAAACCACAGCCUGCAUCCCAAGGGAUAUCAAGUCAGCGCAGAGCUUCUGGAGACCGGCAAGUGAAAGUGUCCACUGUCAUGGAAAUCAGCUUAGGUUUAUCUGCUGGAGGAUGAGAGACUGCACCAAGGAGAUCUAAGUUACCCAGCUGAUAUCCCGCCAACUCCUGGAGACAGAGCCACCUGCCCAACCACAGCUGAUGGUGUAUGUAUGGAUGAGCUCAUCCAAGACCAAAAGACCCAUCCAGCUGACCCACAGACCUGUGAGCAACAACAAAGUGGGCUACAGCUUUGCCAGAAAAGGGAAUGGUCUAUAUGUGCACCAUGAUGGAGGUCCAGAGCAUCAUAUGGAAUGAAAGAAGCCCCUCCUGGAGAGAGCACAAGCAGAGGGAGCAACAGAGGAAGAGGGAGAAGCAGGCUCCUCGCUGAGCAAGAAGCCCGAUGGGGGACUUGAUCUGGGAUCAUGACCUGAGCUGAAGGCAGAUGCUUCACCGACUGAGCCACCCAGGCAUCCCUAUGCCUCCGCGUAUUACAGCACCCUGGAGUACCCGGACUAUGGGACUGCCACCCUGGACCCCAACAUGCCUGUGGAUGAGUCUCCCAGCGCCCCCCAGCUGUCUGUUUCCAACACGAUUGCCCUGGUAAUCUUCACCAUCGUCUUCCUGGUGGGAGUGCCAGGCAACACCCUGGUGGUCUGGGUGACGGGCUACGAGGUGCGGCGGACCAUCAAUGCCAUCUGGUUUCUCAACCUGGCAGUGGCCGAUCUCCUGUCCUGCCUGGCACUGCCCAUCUUGUUUGCCUCCAUCGUUCAGUAUGGCCACUGGCCCUUCGGCAAUGCUGCCUGCUGCAUCCUGCCCUCUCUCAUCCUGCUCAACAUGUACGCCAGCAUCUUGCUCCUGGCCGUCAUCAGCGCCGACCGCUUUCUGCUGGUGUUUAACCCCAUCUGGUGCCAGAACUACCGAGGGGCGUGGGUGGCCUGGGUGGCCUGCAGCGUGGCCUGGGGCGUGGCCCUGCUGCUGACCAUCCCCUCCUUCCUUUUCCGCCGGGUGCGCACGGAGCACUUUCCCUUCAGGCUGAUCUGCGGCCUGGACUACGGCCCCAGUGGGUUCCCGGUGGAGAGGGGCGUGGCCAUCCUGCGGCUGGUCAUAGGCUUCCUGUGGCCGCUGGUGACGCUCAGCAUCUGUUACACCUUCCUCCUGAUCCGGACCUGGAGCCGCAGCGCCACCCGCUCCACCAAGACGCUCAAGGUGGUGGUGGCGGUGGUGACGAGCUUCUUCGUCUUCUGGCUGCCCUACCAGGUGACGGGGAUGAUGCUGGCCUUGUUCCACAGGAACUCGGAAAUCUUCACCUCCGUGUCCAGUUUGGACUCCCUGUGUGUGGCCUUCGCUUACAUCAACUGCUGUAUAAACCCCAUCAUCUACGUGGUGGCAGCCCAGGGAUUCCACACCCGCUUCCUCAAGUCCCUCCCGGCCACGCUCCGGCAGGUGCUGACCGAGGAGUCUGUGGGCAGGGAGAGCAGGUCCUUCACCCUCUCCACGGUGGACACCCCAGCCGUGAAGAACCAUGUGGUGUGAGGGGAGGGUCUUCCGGCCACCGUCUGCUCAGUGCUCCCCCUUUCCCACCUGUCCCUUUGCUCUUGGCCUCUCUGACCCCAGCCCUUGGGUGCUGAUGUUUGAGUGAACCCUCCUCCAUUCCUUUCCAUCUUUUCCAGACUGGUCCUCCCUCGCUUUCAGGAUGAACGGGUCCCUCUAGGGAGCCUCAACUUUUCUUUCUGUCCAAGGGCUUUGGAAAACAAGCAGAAACUGGUAUUACCCUGGAGCACCCCCAAAGGGCGCCCUGUCUGUCUGCUGGGUGCAGGGGGAGUCGGUGAAUAGAACACAUUGGAUACAGAGAAAACAGACAAAUGGAAACAGUCUAACCUUUAAACAAUAGUGAUGUAUUUAUUUUACAGAGAGCUGGGGAAAGGAGCCUCUCAAAAGGUAUUCUUGUCAAGGACAAAGCAAAAUUCACUGGCUAAGCUUUUCUAAGUGAGCUGAUUUAAAGACAAGCAGAGAGUUAAAGUGUUACUUAAUUGGGUUUUGAGAAAAUGCAUGAGGUAAAAAGAUGUUACAGGGUUCUGGUGAAAAGCAGGUGUUGAGGAAGGCGUGCUGGGAGGGGUUGGAAAACAUUGGUUGGGCACCUGGUGGGGGGAAGAUGGUCACAGGGAAAUUUGACUUUUUACUUUGUUACAAACUGCUUUUUUGUGUGCACUUCUCAAAAAAAAAAAAAAAGAACUUUUAAUUUUGCUAUCACUGUAGAUUCACAUGCAGUUGUAAGUAAUGAUACAGAGGGAUCUUGUAUGCCCUUGAUCUGCUUCACUAUGGGAACCUCUUGCAAAAUGACGUUAUAAGAUCACGACUAGGAUGUUGACAUUGAUACACUCGAGGGGCAGGACAUUUUCAUCCCCACUAGGAUCCCUGAUGAUGCCCUUUGUCAGUCACCCUCACGUCCCUCCACGCUCCCAGCCCUGUCCUGGACCCCUGGCAACCAUGAUUCCACUCUCCAAAUUUGCCCUUUCAAGGAAUGCUCUAUCAAUCAUGUAACCUUUUGACUUAAAAAAAACCCAAAAAACAAAAAACUAGUCUGAGGGCCCUGGGUGGCUCAGUCGGUUAAGCAGCCGACUUGAUUUCGGCUCAGGUCAUGAUCUCAGGGUCCUGGGAUUGAGCCCUGCUUUGGGAGGAGGGGCUGUCUGAACACAUCGUGGAGUCUGCUUAAGAUUCUCUCUCCCUCCCCCACUGCUCUUUCCCCUGCUCAUGCAUGCUCUCUCUAAAAUAAAUAAAUAAAUCUUAAAGAAGAGAAAACUAGUCUGCAGCACUUGAAUAAUGAAAAUUAAAAAAAAUAAGCAUUGUAACGUUGUGUUAUUUAUAAAUGACUUUAAAACA